AAAGUGAAGAAAAAUGUUUCUAAGAUGAUUUUCCUGAAGAAAUAUUUGUUUUUGGAUAAGCAAAAUUAAUUGAUUAAUUGCCUGGAGUAGAUAAAGAUUCUUUAUUAGAUGGUGUUAAUAUAACAGUAUUAGAUCCUAAUAAUGAAGUAGUUAUUUAAAAAUUAGUUACUUUUGGUGGUAAUUAUAAAAUUUGCUUAUUAACUACAACAAGUCAUUGGGUCAAAUAAAAUUAAUAAAUUCGUUUUAGUUUGAGAAUAAUAGUAGGAGAAUAAGAAAAUGAUAUUAAAAAUGCUGCUAGUGAAAAACAUAUUAAUGAAAUUCAAGAAAAACUUUAAUUAAUAAAAAAUCAUACAUCAGAUUAUGCAGAUUAUAAUUUCUUGAAUUAUUCUAUAGAAGAUUAAUUAACAUAAGCAAAUUUUAAAAUUAAUAAAAGAUGCAUUGUAUUAGAUUUUUUCUUUAAAGAAAUUUAUUGA